AUGACGACCACUCUUGCGUCCAAAUUGGAAGCCGCGACCGCCGACUUCUACGCAAAGGCUCCACCUGGAGUACCCGAGACGCUUAUGGCCGCAAUAGAAGAUGCAAAAGACAAGUUUGCUGUUCCAGUUAAAGUGAUCAAGGUUGGCGAAACCUUUCCUUCCUUCACUCUACCGAACGCAACGGGCACGCCGGUUUCAAGCGCCAGUCUCUUAGCCAACGGUCCUCUUCUCGUCACUUUCUACCGCGGCAACUGGUGCCCCUACUGCAAUCUGGCCCUCCACGGACUCCAGGAGCGGCUCGAUGAGUUCAAAACGCAGGGAGUCCAGCUUGUCGCUAUCUCGCCUGAGCUCCCUGACGCCUCGUUGUCAACGCAAGAGAAGAACGAGCUUCAAUUUCCUGUGCUCUCCGAUGAGGGCAACAAGCUUGCGCGAGAGCUUGGGAUUGUCUGGAAGCAGCCCGAUAGCAUGAAGCCAAUAUUUGAGAAGUUUGGUCUUGACCUAAAGAAGCAGAAUGGUGAUGACACGUUCGAAGUGCCAAUUCCAGCUACAUUCUUGGUGGACAAGGACGGCAUUGUUAAGAAUUUGUACCUCGAAGCGGACUACAGGAAGAGAGUCGAGCCAAGUACUUUGCUAGAAUGGAUUGCGCAGUUGUAG